AUGGCCGCACUUCUCGCAAAACGUUCUCACCUUACUAUAAGAUCUGCGAUACCCGUUUUGCAAAGGUUUACUUCUGGAAAGACGGCUGUUGCUACUCGAGAUUCAAAAGAAAGCUCUGUUACAACAACGCCUGAAACUUCACAAGUUAUACCAGCUGAUGUCAUAUCCGGUGCACCUG